CGCUGCCCCUCCGGCCCGCCCCCGGCCCCGCGCCGUCACCUGGAAGAGCCCCAUGAACCGUGGCUGCGCGGCGCGGCCGUCAGCCCCUCAGCGCCGGGAGCCGGGGCGGGGAACCGCGCCUCCGGACCGCGAAGCGAGAAACGAAAGCGAAAGCUGGCGGCAGGCGACAUGGCGGCGUCGCUUCUGGUGCGGCUCUGCCCCGCGCCCGACCCCAAGGAGAAGCCGCUGCUGAAGCUCCAGACGUACUUCCAGUCGGUGAGGCGGUCGGGCGGCGGCGAGUGCAAUGUGCGGGCCACCCCUGAGCCCGACACCUUCUGGGUGGAGUUCCGGCAGGAGCGAGAUAAGAAGAGCGUAGAAUCCCGCCGGGAUCAUGUCAUGGAAAUGGGUGGCAGAAACGUGAAGAUAGUCAUCCAGACAGGGGAAGAGGACCUGAGCAAGAGCCAGUUUAUGGAGCAGGCGACCCCCAGCUAUUCUUUGCCUUCCAGCCCUUCCCCACCUCAGCAGGAGCAGCAGGCAGCUGGAGGCCAUGGAGACAUGGUGGGAGAAGUCAUUACCAAAAAGAUAUUUCUUACGGUAACUGCAACUUUGAAUACCAGUAUGUUCACUGAAGAGCAAAGGCAGAAUGUUACUGCUCUGUGUCCCAAUUUAAAGAGAGAAGGAAAUGCCGAUGUCAAUGGCUACGAGACACUGACGGGAGAUUUUACAGAUAUUGAAAGAGCUUAUCACUACUUUCAGGAUAUCCUCACAGGCAACGACCCGAACCAGGGUGUUUCACAUGCUGAAAGCAAGAGUGAUUUGAAAGAAGAAAAUGGUCUGAAUACCGAGAGGACGGAAGAGCUAACGCUUCUGACACCUUUCUAUGAGUAUUUCAGUUGCACCUGCAAAGACAAAAUCCAAGAAUUACAUGAACGUUAUGGAGUGUGUCUAAGAGCUAAAGAUCAAUGCAAUGGAACCAUCUCAGUGUGCUUAACUUCUGGUGAAAAUCCUGCAUCCAUGAAAGAAGCUAGUAAAUUCUUUAUCACAACUUUUCAGAAAAGUGUAGAAGGUAUGAGACAGGAAAAAAUUCCCCUAACAGGCAGUUCCACGCUAAAGGAGACAAUCAAGAAAUUAAACGCUAGGUUUAGCAGUCUUCUUGCCAAAGAAGAAGAGAAUCAGCUGCUACUCCUGGGUACAGCAAGUGAGAUCUCAGCUGCCAGAAGGUUUCUAGCAGAGGAAGGUGUGAGCAGCCAAGGUAAAAAGAGUAUGAAAAUAUUAUCUGAACAGUACAAAUACAGGAAUGGAAUUGAAGUCGAUGCUUCUGUGUUUAAAUUGUUGGAAGCAAUAUUAAACAAAGAAAUCGAAGACCUUAAAGAUAGGUUUGAUACAGUAAUAGAGAAGAAAGAUUUAUAUGGCCAGAAGAUGCUCAUCACAUUUACACCAAAGAUCAAAACUUCUGAUAUGUCUUCACAUGCUACCGAAAGUUUCAUCAAUGCGUUUCAGAGUGCCUCUGCAAUGGUAAGAGAAAAACUCAUCAGAUGGAAGCUUUCAGAAGAUCAGAAGAAAAGAUUAAAUGUGCUACUUGAUGGAAAUGAAUUAGAAGACCUGCACGUAGCAGUUAAGAAGGUGGAGGGCCAAUUCAUCUUGAGUGGUUUACCAAACAAUCUUGCUGCUGCUGAAAAGCGCAUCAUGACCCUUCUCAGCGUUAAAGACCCAACGCAGACUACAAGCAGGACACCGCUGUCCUCUGAUCUCAGCCAUCAUGAAGCUGCAGGAGCAUCUGGGGUGACAUACAGUGGCAGGCAAAAGAAUAAUCUUCCUUCUGAAGGACAGGCUAAGGCAAAGUCAGAAGACGAAGAGACGUGUCCCAUUUGCAUGGAGGCAUUAAAGGACAAAGAAACACUGAGCAAGUGCCAACAUGCGUUUUGCAGAAGUUGCAUCCAGCAGGCCAUGACCUACAGGAAAGCGUGUCCUGUUUGCAAUACCACCUAUGGAGUAGUGCAAGGAAACCAGCCCGAGGGAACAAUGUCCACUACAAAGCUGCCUUUGCGCCUCCCUGGUUAUCCCACGUGUGGCACUAUUGAGAUCACGUAUAACAUGCACAGUGGGAUUCAAACCGCCAACCAUCCAAACCCAGGGAGACGUUAUGAUUCAACUUGCCGCAAAGCCUUUCUACCUGACAAUAAAGAAGGGCAGGAAGUUCUGCAGCUCCUCAGAAGAGCCUUUGAGCAAAAAUUGAUUUUCACAGUGGGGCAAUCACGUACCACUGGUCUGCAAGAUGUUAUCACAUGGAAUGAUAUUCAUCACAAAACUUCCGUGAGUGGAGGACCCUCCAGUUUUGGUUACCCUGAUCCAAAUUACCUGCGGCGGGUUCGGUCGGAACUGAAGGCAAAAGGAAUUGAAUAAAGACGUUUCUCAAUGGUCAGCUCUGAAGUGUAAUAACUGAACAUGCAGUAGUUCAUUUACUAUUCAAGCACUAAGAAGUUAACUGCAGUACUUAAAUCACUUGCAGUCAGAUAAGUAAUCUUUUUUCAUCAAAUGAUACCUAUUCUUUUUUACACAUCAUAUACGUCCUUGAGUCAUGUUUCCCUGUAGCCUGUACAGGAUUUGGGCCCUUUGAGUGCAGCAUCAGUACACGUUGCACUUGGCAAACGUCAGACUGGGGAUCUUAUUUUACCAGUGAGUAAGAUCUGCACUUUUUCCCACAAGUCUUCAGCCUGACCACCAAACCUGAUAGAUCCACUGCUGUGUUAUAUCAAAUGCUGCUUUAGCUCUGCGUUAUUACCGCUGUCAUCAUGGACAGCGGCACGUCACCUAUCUGCUAGAAAAUGAGCAUCAGCUGUGCUCAGCCUGUGUUCCUUUGCUUCUUUUCCUUUCCAGGGUAGAAAUGGCAUUAAUGGUUUGGGUUUUAAACAUGAAACCGGUGUGGAUAAUGUGUCGGCGGGGGGGGAGGUGUGCAUAGUGCUGCUGUAUUUCAAACUCCACAAGCUCUGGAUGCUCAGGGCUGCAUUGGAGCAAACUUUUAAAUCAGCUUUGCAACUCUAAAACUCUGUUCUUCCAAUUGUUCCAAAUACCUGGUUUAACAUUAUACCUGUACUCUGCACUGUCUAAAUAGCCAGCUAAUCACCCUCAUGGUGAUGUGCAAGCAACCACCAUGCUUUCAGUGAUUGCAGCUGUCAUUGUUACUGAGUUAACCCGUUUUUGUUAGGCUGUUAAAUGUUACUAAAUAAAUAAAGAUUGAAUAUACCACCUGUAAA